UGUGGGGAAGUUUUACUGUAGUUAGCCGACCGGCAAGUAGGCUUCACAUGUUGAAUGAAUGUGACAUGAAUUUAGAGUGAGAUUCAUUUAAAGACUGGUGUUUUUUUCUUUACUUGUCAUCUUUGAAAGGUUGAAGAUCUCUGAGGCAGGACAGCUCUGUGAUCAAGGUAAGUAAUGGCCCUCUUGCAGCAGCUGAAAUCCCAGUUUGUGUGCCAGAUGAUCAUCUGGUAUGUGUUCCUGGUCAGCGGCCUCAUUAUCAACCUGUUGCAGAUCUGUACUCUACCUCUGUGGCUGGUCAGUAAGCAGCUGGCCCGCAGGAUCAACAUCCGACUGGGCUACUGCAUCAGCAGCCAGAUGGUAGCGGCUCUGGAGUGGUGGUCUGGGACAGAAUGCACGCUCUACACAGACCCAAAGAGUUAUCUACUGUAUGGAAAUGAGAAUGCAAUUGUGGUUCUCAAUCACAGUCAUGAGAUCGACUUCCUGUGUGGCUGGACCUUCUGUGACAGAUUCGGAGUUCUUGGGAGCUCCAAAGUGUUAGCCAAAAAAGAAUUAAGUUAUGUACCUGUUAUCGGCUGGAUGUGGUACUUCCUGGAGAUAGUUUUCUGCAAGAGAAAGUGGGAGGAGGACCGAAAGACGGUGGCUCAGAGUCUUCAGAACCUGCGGGAUUACCCAGAAAACUACUGGUUCUUGCUUUUCUGUGAAGGAACACGCUUCACACCAAAGAAGCACCAGAUUAGCAUGCAGGUGGCUGAGAGCAAAGGUUUACCCAAACUGAAGUAUCAUCUUCUGCCCAGGACCAAAGGAUUCUGGAUCACUGUCCAAAACCUCAGAGGAACUGUGGCAGCUGUUUAUGAUUCCACGCUGAACUUCAGAGACAAUGAAGCCCCAAACUUGCUCGGAAUUCUUAAUGGGAGGAAAUAUCACGCAGAUUUAUAUGUGAGGAGAAUCCCUCUGGAGCUGAUCCCAGAAGAUGAGGCGGAGUGUGCUGCUUGGCUCCACAAACUCUACCAGGAAAAGGAUAGCUUUCAGGAGCACUACACACAAACAGGGCGUUUUCCUGGCCCCACAGUGAGCCCUCCACAGCGACCCUGGGCCUUGAUCAACUGGCUGUUCUGGGCCUGCUUGCUCCUCUACCCACUGGGCCUGCUACUUGCUCAACUGAUCAGCACUGCAUCGAUAAUGACCAUCUUAGCAUCUGUGGCUAUCUGCUCUGCAGUUUCACUGGGAGUUCGCUGGAUGAUUGGCCAGACUGAGAUCGACAGAAGCUCAAGCUAUGGGAAUAAAGAAGUUCCUCUAAACAACAACUAAAGACUCCUGACCUGCUCAGAGCUGCUUCUUUGCAUAGCUACUUAUAUGCAAGCUGUGUAAACACCCAUCUGGCAGGACUGGUCCAGCAAGUUCAACCUUGUUUCAAAGCACAAUUCAGUCUCAACUUAAUGCUAUACAAGCAGAAGUUCAAGAUAAGAUCAUGAAACUGGAACAUGGUGGACAGCUUCAUUUGGUAAAUUUAUGAUAAGAAUGUAAGAUAAAAUCAGAGUGUAAAUAUUUGAAUACAGUGAGUCAAGACAAACAUUUCUACUGGUAACUAAAGUCAACUUAACCAAGUGAAUGGACUACCUCUUUGAUUGUGAUGUAAAGCAUAAAUGGCACUUCUCAUGUUGGAAGAAAAAAUACACAUUUCCCUUUGUUUAAACAUGGGUUUAUUAAUAUUGUUUGUACACUGUAUAAGAGGAGCAGAAGUGGUGGUGUGGUGUUAAAAAAUACAAAUACAAAAUCCUUAUUUAAGUGAUAAAUUAUGUACUGUAUUAGAAUACUUGGCAAGCAGGAAGGCUUUAAAAUAGAUGCUAAAGCAAUAUCUCACCUCAGAUUCUACAUAUUGUACAUGCUUAUACACGUGCCUCUGCAAGUUGAGAUAAAAAUGAGGAAAGAGUCAUUGCAUUGAAUGAAUAGACACACUUCUCUGUUGCAUAACAUUAACACUCCACGUAGGAGUGACAGCUGAUCUACAAUGCCUCUCUUUAUGACAGGAAAAACAGAGAAACAAUAACUUAGAGAGUAAGCCUGUCUCCUACCUUAAUCAUCGGAGAUUCAAAUCAUACUUGCAGCAUCAAAGAAGAAAACAAAUCUGUGCAUACCCUUGCAUCUAAUACAGCAUACUGUGUAACACUUGAUGGUGGUGUGUACCAUAAUUUGAAUUGAAAAUUGUAGAGCACGGAGUGACCUUUCCAUGAAGCUAGAAAGAAAUGUUAGAAAAACUGGUGGGAUUCAUUACCCAGUGAUACAUGCAUCCAUUCAAUUGUUAAAAUUUGCAUCACAUACUUAUCGCCAAGACUACCAUGGACCAUUGGCCACACCUACAUUUUUGGUGGACAUCAAUGGAAAAAAAGGCUGGUGCAUAGUUUUCAGGAGCGCUUGGCUGUUCUGUGGGGGAUUAAUGGAAUUGUUGGGUCUUUGUAAAUUAUAGUGUG